UCCCGCGUGGCGGCGCGGAGUGGAGUAGGGCGCGGACCGCAGAGAGGACCAGCGGUGGCCACGUGGACCUGGAGGGCUCUCAAACGCGGCUGGAGAGAGGGAGAGCCGGCAGCCCCACCGACCGCUGGAUCCCCGAAGUAGAGGGCAGAAGUCGGCUAACCUUGCAGGACCGGAUCCCCUGCAGCGGGAUCGCACCCUCGGCUUGUUGCCCCCCCCUUUUUUUGGUGCUGUCCACGUGGCGUUUGCUGCUGGGAGGAAAUCAAAAACACUUUGGACGUUUCGGGGGGACCUUCGGUAAAGAUCCGGCUUGCUUCUCCUUCAGCCUGCCGCCGUUUAUUUCCGUGCCUCCCUUUAACAAAACUAUAAGACCCGCCGGAUAUCAAAAGCGGAUAAAGUUUGGACUUCCUGCCGGCCGCUUGGCCCGAAUAAAGAAUCGCCACUCGGUCUGCGUCUCUGUGUUCCAGAGUAAAGAAUACCCACUUCUCUCUACUCCAGAUUAAAGAAUCGCCACUCGGUCCGCUUCUACCUAUUGCAGACUAGAGAAUCGCCACUCGGGCGGCGGCGGCGGGGAUUCACUUCUCUACUACAGACUAGGGAAUCGCCACUCGGGGCCGCUUCUCUCUGCUGCUUGGCCGCUUCUCGCUCCUCCAGAUUAGAGAAUCGCCACCUGGCCGGCUCCUCUCUCUGCGCCCGAUCGGUGAACCGGCCACGACCCUUCGGCCAUGGCGGCGGAGAAAGGCGCCUCCAACGGGGACAUCGGACCGGCUCAUGACUCCGAAGGGGGAGAGCCCCGCGAGCCGAGCCUGGGCGCCUCCCGGCUGCGCAGCUGCCUGCGGGCCAACCUCCUGGUGCUGCUGACGGUGGCGGGGGUGAUCGCCGGCGUGGCGGUGGGCCUGGGCGUCCGGGAGAUGUCCAGCAAGCUGAGCCCCACCGAGAUCCUCUACUUCUCCUUCCCCGGCGAGUUGCUCUUGCGCCUGCUGAAGAUGAUAAUCCUUCCCCUGGUGGUGUGCAGCCUGGUGGCCGGGGCGGCCAGCCUAGACCCCUCGGCCCUCGGGCGCCUCGGUGGCUGGGCCAUGCUCUACUUCCUGCUGACCACCCUGCUGGCCUCCACCAUCGGCGUCAUCUUAGCCUUCAUCGUCCAGCCCGGGCAAGGGGCCGCACCCCCCAGGCUGGUGGGGCAAGAGGAGAACAUGCCCCAGGCCAAAGACGUGGCCGAUUCCUUCCUGGACCUGAUCAGGAAUUUCUUCCCCUCCAACCUGGUGUCUGCUGCAUUCCGAUCGUUUGCGACUUCUUACGCGAUGCUGCCGAUUAAGAAGAACGUAACGGAUGAACAGGGUGUCUUCGUAGAAAACGUCACCAUGAUCAAGGUCAUCAGAGGCGGAGAGGUCGAAGGGAUGAACAUCCUGGGAUUGGUGGUCUUUGCCAUUGUCUUUGGCAUCGCCCUGCGGAAGCUCGGGGCCGAGGGGGAGAUCCUGGUCAAGUUCUUCAGUUCCUUCAAUGAAGCCACCAUGGUGUUGGUCACCUGGAUCAUGUGGUACGCCCCCGUAGGUAUCAUGUUCCUGGUUGCCGGCAAGAUCGUGGAGAUGGAGGACGUGGUGGCCCUCUUCGCCAGCCUGGGGAAGUACAUCGUGUGCUGCUUCGUGGGCCACGCCAUCCACGGGCUCAUCAUCCUGCCGGCCAUCUACUUCGCCUUCACCCGCAAGAACCCUUACCGCUUCCUUUGGGGCAUCUUCACCGCCCUGGCCACCGCCUUCGGGACCUCCUCCAGCUCCGCCACGCUGCCGCUGAUGAUAAGGUGCGUCGAGGAGAACAACGGCGUCUCCAAGCAUAUCAGCCGCUUCAUCUUGCCUAUCGGGGCUACGGUCAACAUGGACGGGGCCGCCCUCUUCCAGUGUGUGGCCGCCGUCUUCAUCGCCCAGCUGAACAACGUAUCCCUCAACUUUGUCCAAGUCAUCACCAUUCUGGUCACCGCGACGGCGUCCAGCGUCGGGGCAGCCGGGAUUCCCGCGGGCGGCAUCCUAACUCUUGCCAUCAUUCUGGAGGCCGUUGGGCUGCCCACCGAAGACAUCUCCCUCAUUCUGGCGGUGGACUGGCUUGUGGACCGCACGUGCACCGUCCUGAACGUGGAGGGGGACGCCAUUGGCGCCGGCCUCCUGCAGGUGUACUCGGAGAGGACCGUGGGCCGGGUGGAGGCGGAGGAGCUGAUGGAGAUCAAGACGGACGCAGCGGGCGGCGGCCAGAGGGGGCACGCCGAGGAGGGGUCUCCGCUGAUCAAGAAGGGCACGCACCCACCUUUGGUGCGCUUCAACUCUUGCGAGAAGGAAUCCGUGAUGUAACCGGGCGGGCGGAGCCCGGAGUAGCUGGAGACUUUGUUUUAAAAGAAACCGUGUAGGGUUCAAACGUUGAGGACGGCAUUGAGAUCUGCCCUAUCCUUCUAAAACUUGAACUUCCUGCCAGGAGGCGCGGCCGGUGAUGGGGACUUCUUCGUGCCGCUGCCGCUUUAUGUUCGACUGCUCAGGCUUCACGCAGCUUACGGGUGUCGGGGCUUGAUCCCGCCUGGGAAAACAGGGUCCUGGAAACCUGCCCCCCCCUUGAAGUAAGAUGGUGGGGCUGGAGGCGGCGGCUGGGGCUUCUGCAGCGGCUUACGGGUGAGAGGAAAAGCACACUCUGUGCAUCCUCAGAGGCUCUCUGCUUUGCACGUUCCAGACUGAUUCCACCUUCUCUCCCCCUCCCCCACAAGCAAUUUAACUCUUGAAUCCACAAGAUGAAAAUGGGCAGCUGUGUCCGGAGAGGCCCCCGCCCCCGGAAUCACUCCCGUCUCCUCUUUGCGACCUCCAGCUGCCCUUGCUGCUUUUACGUUUUAUUUUAAAUAUAUUUUUGGACCAA